GAGUUAAUGGUAAAUCCGCCUAUGAACGUAAAUUACGCUACUACAGGGUCAAUGUCCUCACAGCCUGUGUCCAGGUCUAUGCCUAGUGAAUGUACAGUGUCUACUGGUGCUUUUCCAGUGCUUGCUAAGUCAUCAGUUCCUGCUACUAGUAGUUCUGCUGAUGCUGUAGUUUUGUCCUAUAGGGAUGUCGCGUCAGCUGGCCUGCCUUCUAAACCAGAUGUGCCAACGGAUUCCGAGGGAUUUGUGCCUGUUGUCCGUAAAAAGAAACCUAUCGCAGUCUCUGUGAAUAAUACAAUCAAACCUAGACGUCAACCCCUUAUAGGGGUACGAAACUCUGCGUCCUUGCCUAUUGUUGUUAAAAAAGAAAGAACCAAAGCUCUCUUUGUUUCCAGAUUCUGUCCAGAGGUUUCAGCUGCUGACGUUGAAAAGUCUUUAAAGGAGCAAUUGAGCUUAAAGAAAUUGAUUUGCACCAGACUGAAAACUAAAUUUAAUACUUAUUCUUCUUAUCAUGUUUUAGUUCUUGAAGAUGAAUUUCCACUUAUCAAUAAUACUGGUGUUUGGCCUACAGGGUGCUUGAUUGCCCCCUUUUACGGUAAACUUAAACCUGAUCAGAUGUACUCCCCCAGUACCCCUGUUACUGGUGGCCGAUCAAACUAAAUCUGCAAACCUUGGAUGUCAGACGGCGUCAUAUUGAUGCUUUGUUUUUAAUAAAUGUUUUUAGAGGCACAACAUAUUGCUCCUCUGUCCUUGAUGCGGUCGGUUUGCGGGUUCCUUCUCGGAACAUUCGAAAUUUUUCUACAUUUAGCUGUUCUUUCAGUCGCUGUCCCACAGCUAGAUGUGUUGUUGCUGCAAAUUUUGUUUGCGAACUUGUAGACAUUUUUAGUAAAUCUAGUUUAAGUUUGAAUUGUUUAGUUUGAUAAUUUUUGUACUUUUGGUUGUUUUUUACUAUUUGCACUGUCUUUUUAACUUGUCACUGGCUUUUGAGCUAAGUAUGUAAUUAGUUUUUUGCUGUUAAUUGUUUUUAAUUUUCCAAAUACUUAACGUUUUUGACCUGUUAUUAUCUAUGUGUGUAUUGUCUUGAUUUUUAUUAUUGUCUGUUGUUUGUUGUUUUAUA